UUUUUUUAAAGAAAUAUAUCGCAGUUAAAUUAGUUUAGACAGCAUGACAUCAGAGAGUAAUUAAAUAGGUUUGUUGGAAUUCCGUUUCCAAUUCCAGAGUUCAGGUUUGUAAAAGAUUUCUGAGCACCUGCAGGUCUCUGUGUGUGAAAUAUUUUCACUGGAAAGGAUUCAAAACUCAAAACUUUAAAAAAACCUUUUAACACAGAGGCAGCAUUACGCCAUUCUUCCUUCUUGGAAAAAAAAAAAAAAACCCUUGGAUUUAAACAAGACUCCUUCAAGUUUUCAGUCAGUUUUACAGAAGAAAACGAGGUGGUAAACUUUCUCUUUUCAAGAACAAGUUCUUUAUAGCUGCUAACUGAAGUCAGGGGAGAUCGUAUCUGAGUACAUGAGCAUUUCCACUAUGGGACUGGAUACAAGUAUUGAACAACGAUAUUUGAAAUGUUUUAAUCUCAAACGAAAGCCAUUUUUGCUAACUUUGGUUUUUAAUUUCUUUCAUGUUUUCUUCUGCCAAACUGGAGGAACCUUUUCUGAUUUUUUCUUUAGUGGCAUUCAGAGGAAGACCAGAGGAUGAAAAUCCUGCAUUUUCUCACUUUACUGCUUUGGCAUUUGACUUGGCUGUCUCUGGAUCUAGUUCCUGGAGCGCUGAGUAAUUCUGAAGCAGGCCAGGGUAAUCCAGGAUCUAAACUAGGUUUUUUGAAAGCAGAAGGAAAGGAGAGGAAUCCCUCCACACGGGCAGGUACACUGAGGACUGCAAGCCAUGGAUACAGUGCUGGGACCUCAAAGGCCAGGACUAAAAGCAGUGCUGUUCAGGCUGGAGCUCUGCUGGCCAAGAACGAUGACUCAAAGAAGGUUCCCUCAAGAACAGCAGCCACGGAGGGCAAGGUAGGACAUCUCCCCAGCAGACCUUCUGGAGUAAGGACAGUGACUCCAAAGGUUCAAAAUCUUAGCAGCAAGGUGGCUUUGAAAAAAACUGGCACAAGCAGUACUGACACUGAUUCUUUCAAAACCAAAAAGACUAAAGAGCCUGUAACCCAGAGGGAAGCUAAGGAAACUUUCCGACAUCCCCCGAUAACGCCACAUGAAUACAUGCUCUCUUUGUACAGGACUCUCUCAGAUGCAGAAAGAAAGGGUGUUAAUGGAAGUGUAAAACUGGAGGCUGGACUUGCCAAUACAAUAACCAGCUUUAUAGACAAAGGACAAGAUGAGCGAGCACCAACUAUAAGAAAACAAAAAUAUAUUUUUGACAUCAGUGCAUUAGAAAAAGAUGGCUUGCUGGGAGCAGAGCUUCGAAUACUGAGGAAAAAACCUUCUGAUACAUGGAAGUCUCAUUCUUCUGGAAAAGCUUCCCAAGUAAAAUUAUUUAGUUGCUCUACAAACAGACAAGCCUCAACGCUCUUGGACUCUCGGACUGUCAGUAUCACUGAUACACCCAAGUGGGAAGUGUUUGACAUCUGGAAGCUUUUCAGAAACUUUAAAAACUUGGUUAAUUUGUGUUUUGAACUGGAAACUUUUGACAGGGGAAGAGCUGUUGAUCUCAGGAGUGUGGGAUUUAAUAGAACAGGAAGACAGGUCAAUGAAAAGGCUCUGUUCUUGGUGUUUGGAAGGACAAAAAAAAGAGACUUAUUCUUCAAUGAAAUCAAAGCUAGAUCCGGCCAAGAUGACAAAACUGUUUAUGAGUACUUAUUCAACCAGAGGCGGAAGAGAAGAGCUCCUCUAGCAACACGGCAAGGGAAGAGGCCCACCAAGAACCUGAAGGCAAGGUGUAGCAGAAAAGCCCUCCAUGUGAAUUUUAAGGAUAUGGGCUGGGAUGACUGGAUAAUAGCCCCUCUGGAGUAUGAGGCGUAUCACUGCGAAGGGCUCUGUGAAUUCCCCCUCCGAUCCCACCUGGAGCCCACCAACCACGCGGUUAUCCAGACAUUAAUGAACUCCAUGGAUCCCGAAUCCACCCCCCCGACUUGCUGCGUCCCAACCCGGCUGAGCCCCAUCAGCAUUCUUUUCAUUGACUCUGCAAAUAACGUGGUCUACAAGCAGUAUGAGGACAUGGUGGUGGAGUCGUGUGGUUGUAGGUAGCAGAACAGUUGCUUGUGUGAAUAUAUUAUGAAAGGUAAUAUGACACAUUGGACAUAACUUCUCCUCAAACAAGGUUAACUAGAUUUCUUACCCCUAGGGUAAGUAUGUUUACAAGGAUGUAGCAAUAAACCCACUGUUUCUGUAUUUUCCCCAUGGACAUAUUUCAGCAGCAUUUGGAUGCUGUCACACAGCUGGAUUUAAGGCCUUGUGCCGCUGGCAACACAGGACUGACUCUAACUGAAGUCCAUGACAGAGAAGAUGAUACCUCUACACCUUGAGAUCUCCUGCUUUUAGCCUCGAAGCAGUGGAUGGAGAUCAUAUCAGUGAGCUGUGGAUAUGACCUGUUUGUUCCUUGAACAUUGUUCUUGAGACUGAAUUUCUGCCUGAUUCCCUUGGGAUUUGUCCAUUCAUAAAUGUGAGAAAAGAGUCCCAGUGUUGAGAAGUGUUGUGUUCUGGUGUGCCCCCAUCUUGGUGUAAAUAGUUGCACUGUAAUAUGAUUUCUUUCUGAUUAGCUCUUGAAACUAUGCAUAUAUAAAAAGGGGUCAUUAAAUAUAAUAUGUUGGUUUAGUUUUAAGUUUUAUGUGAAGAUAGGUGAUGCAGGAACUAUUUGCUUCCAUGUAUGUUUUCCUCCAAGCUACAUAUCUUUCUUAAGUAUCCACCUUUCCAUUAUUAUGUAGCAAAAUAUAUUAGUCUGUAUAAGGUCCAAGUUGUUCUCAAACGCUCAUAGUAAAAGUGUUCAAUUAUGGCAUAAGAUGUAAUAAAUUAUUGACACAGUGCUGCAUUGUGCCUAGCUGUCCAACUCUGCAUAAUUAUAAUGCAAUUAAGAAAUUGUUUUAUGUUUUUGUACAAUAAAUACAAGUGAAAGGG